CACAUUCAUUCAUUUGCUUUGUGCGUCUCACGUGGGUUUUGUUAUUAUUUAAAAAUUCGUAGUUUGUUCUAAAAUAACCUUAUUAUAAUGAGUGAAGAAUUGAAACUUGAGUCCCUGGCUGUACAGCUUUUUGAAAUAAAUGCCGUGAAGUUUGGCGAAUACAAAUCUAAAACUGGAUUAACUACACCGGUUUACUUUGAUUUAAGGGUUAUAGUUAGUUAUCCUGAUGUGAUGCAAAUAAUAUCUCGCCUAAUAAGAGAUCAUGCCCUAGAAGGCAGUAAAUGUGAUCAUUUGUGUGGUGUACCUUACACAGCUUUGCCGAUAGCCACAUUGCUGAGUGUAGAGGCCAAGAUACCUAUGCUGAUGAGGCGUAAGGAGGCCAAAGCUUAUGGUACAAAGAAAAUGAUUGAAGGUCAUUACAAAGCGGGCCAGAAGUGCCUCAUUAUUGAAGAUGUAGUGACAUCAGGCUCCAGCGUGCUGGAAACUGUAAAAGACCUUCGUAGAGAAGGCUUGGUAGCCCAAGAAGCUAUUAUCAUCCUGGACCGAGAACAAGGUGGACGGGAGAACCUUGCUGCAAAUGAUGUAUCUGUAAAAUCAUUAUUCACGAUGACAAAUUUAAUUAAUAUAUUGCUGAAGAAUAAAAAGAUUGACAACAAUAUGGCUCUUAAGGUUCUAGAUUAUCUUCGAAAUACAAAAGCACCAACUUCAGAGAAACCUGAAGACCGCACACAACUCACAUUUGAGAAAAGGGCAGAAUUAGCAACCAAUGAAAUUGCUAAGCAGCUGUUUGAUGUUAUGGCAACAAAGAAAACCAAUCUUUGUGUGUCUGUUGACUUAACUACAACCACAUGUAUAUUGGAUUUGUUGGAAAAAGUUGGUGAACAUGUGUGCUUAGUGAAGACACAUGCUGAUAUUAUUGAAGACUUCAGUACGGACUUCAUAACCAGGCUUAAAAGUUUGGCAAAAAGAUUCAACUUUCUUAUAUUGGAAGAUAGAAAGUACGCAGAUAUUGGAAAUACUGUAUCUUUGCAGUAUGCAAAAGGAUUGCACAAAGUUUCAGAGUGGGCUGAUUGUGUAACCGCACAUUCUUUGCCUGGAGAGGGAAUUCUUAAAGCCAUCAAUGGGGCAACCAACGGUGUCAGAAAAGGAGUAUUUUUAUUGGCAGAGAUGAGUAGUGAGGGAAAUCUUAUCACACCAGAGUACACAGAUAAAACAGUCAGUAUGGCUUCAAAUUUUCCAAGUUUGAUUUGUGGAUUUGUGUCUCAGAACAAAAACACUUUCAAUCAACCAGGUCUAAUACAAUUGACUCCAGGAGUGCAGCUGGAAAGCACCAAAGACGAUCUGGGCCAGGUGUACAACACUCCAGAGAAGGUUAUGCUGGAGAAAGGCGCAGACGUCGUGGUUGUGGGCCGAGGCAUUCUGUCUGCAAAGAACCCCGCUGCUGAGGCACUGGUCUAUAAAGAGGCUCUAUGGAAGAACUACCUCAAGAGAGUGUCUGGAAAAAUGGAAUUAUGAAAAGAGUAUAACAUUUUAAACUUUCGCGUUCCAUUUCAACUAAAAUAGUAAGACAGGGGUCUUAACGCGACGUUUAUUAAUGAGUUACAUUAUGUACUCACGGCUUGACGUUUCGGCUGCGAUGUUGUGCCGUGGUCACAAGCAGACUGGCCCACACUGAAUACCUCGGCCCCUCAGAUCAUAGAAGGGAUCUUUUUAUGAUCUGAGCUCGGCCCACAACCACGACGUCUGCGCCUUUCUCCAGCAUUACUCUUUCACGCAAAAACUACCGAACGGAUUUCGAUUAAACUUUACAAUAUUAUUGUUUAUAACCCAGAAUAACAUAUAGGCUAUAAUUUAUAACGAUAUGUGACAAACCAAAUUUCAAUAAAUAAAUAAGUCGUGAGAAAUAUUUACAAAAAAGCGCCAUUUAUAAACAUUGCUUUUGACGUUCGUAAAUAUUCAUGCGGCGAUGAAGCCGUGCAACGCCAUCUACACUCGCGAGCAAAAGUAUGGAAUCACUUACAUGAAGUUGUUUCCACGCGAUCUUGUGUACUAACGAAUUUGUUAGGAACAAAAAAAGUGACUCCAUUUUAAAGAUUAAACUUUUAAUUUUAAAUUGAUACCAAAUUCAUUUAAAUCACACCAGUAUUUAAAAAGAUAUCCCGGCUGAUGUGAAGAAGUAACGAAAAAUACAUGUAUGAACUGUUUGAUACGUCGCGAGUUUCGGCCUAUUUACCCCCUAUAAAAGCACGCGUUUUCGGAUUUUUGCUUUCACACGUUGAUUCAUACACAUCUCCGCUUCUUUUGACACUUUACCUGGGAUUCUACAACUUCAGAAGCAGCAC